CAUUUUCCGAUGAAAGAAGUACAACUGCUCGGUGCUUCCGCCUCUCGAUCUGUACCUUCUUGACUAAACAUUUCACGCAAUGGAUGAUAUCGUAGACUUAAAGUAUGACAUUGAUCGAAAACUCGAAAAGGAGACGACAAAUUUGUCGACGUUGAGGGAAUCACUGAAGAAGAGCAGCACCAACACACAAAACAUGUUAGGCAUUCUUACCAGCUUUGAGAGCCGACUACAGAGACUGGAAGAUACAAUCGUACCUGUUUACAAUGAGACUGAGAACCUCAGACGAAGACAAGAAAACAUUGAAAAAACACUUCACACUGUGGAUAAUGUCCUAGGGUACUACCAUGCUGCUAAAGAUGUGGAACCGGUCAUCAGAGAAGGGCCAGGCGCCAGUGAUCUUGAUACCUACAUCUCUUAUAUGGACAAGUUACUGCGAGCUAUGAGAUACUUCACUACAAACAACCCGGCCAGUAAAGAACUUGAUGAAUUGACAAGGAUCUAUGAUGAUGGCAAAGAAAAUCUACAGCAUGAGUUCCGUGCCCUGUUGACUCGACAUGGUCGUCCUGUACCACCUAUCCUAAUCAUGGACCUGAUAGGCACUGAUGAAGAACUGCCCCCGGUGGGGACAGACACAGACCUGUUUGCUCUGGAGCACCUGCCAGAGAAGGUAGUGGAGCAGCUCAGUGACAUCUCCAAGUGGCUGGUGGCCAACGACAACUCCACCGAGUUCACCAAGUACUACUACACUGCAAGGGCCAGCAUGCUGACCAAGUCUUUACAGGGCCUGAAGGAACAUCUGAAGACCUCAAGUGGAAGCAGCACCACCCACGUGGGGCAACAUUCUCCUGCCACGAAUAACAAAUUCCGUGGGACCAAAGAUACACCAGUGAGAAAGAGCAUGAAGAAAAUGAAGUUAAAAGGUUUCAAAAAGGCAUCCUCCACUCUCAUGGCAGGGAGGUCACCAUUUGAACCAGGUCAUAGAAGGCAGGGGUCAUCAACAGAGAGCAUCAAGGAGGAACAUUUGGAUGUGGAGACUGACCAGUACAUCACACAGCUCACAGCUCUCCUGAGACUCAUGCAGAGCGAGUCUCAUCUGAUGAUGGGCAUCAUUCCAGAGAAGUAUCAACGAAACAUCUUUGACAACACUGUCCAGCAGGCCCUGGAUAUGAUAGUCAGUGAAGGAGAGAUGUUGGAUACAACUGCCAAGAGAAACAUUGGUCGGCAUGAAUUUACAGCAGUGUUGUCUAUAUUCCCAAUAGUAAAACACCUUCGAACAGUCAGACCAGAAUUUGAUUUAAUACUUGAGGGAUGCCAAGCACCAACAAGGUCCAAGCUGAUCUCCUUACUUUCAACUUUAGACAGUACAGGAGCCAAGGCACUAGAAGAAUUCAAUGACAGUGUUCGGAACGAUUCUGACAAAGCUAUGCCUCGAGACGGUACUGUACAUGAACUAGCCAACCAUACAAUCAUCUUCCUGGAACAGCUGCAGGAUUAUGCUGAGACAGCAGGGGCCAUGUUGCUGAUGCAUGGUGAACAAGCGGCCCCUUCACAGACGACAUUAACGACUGAUGCCUGCAGGUUGAAACUAGCUGAUUAUACAACGAGAGUGCUAUCUGCGCUGGGCCUGAACCUCAGCAACAAGGCAGAGAUGUACAGUGAUCCAGCUCUUAAACCCAUCUUCAUGGUCAACAACUAUAACUACAUUCUCAAGUCUCUAAACAGGUCUGGUCUGCUGGAGCUGCUGCAUGCGUGGAAUCCACAGGUGGCAGAGGUGUAUGAAGCGCAGAUAACAGAACAGAAGAGGUCAUAUUCUGAGAGCUGGAACAAGGUGUUACAUUUCAUCAUGGAGGUAGACAAGCCAAUCUCAGUGCAGAGGACACAGAAUACAGAGGUUGUCAAGUUGAAAGAUAAGGACCGGCAGAACAUCAAGGACAGGUUCACUGGCUUCAACAAGGAGCUAGAGGAGAUCUACAAGAUCCAGAAGGGUUAUGCUGUUCCGGACCCAGAACUCCGUGAGUCCCUGAAGGCUGACAACAAGAAGUACAUCACUCUCCGUUAUGAAAUGUUCCUCAAUAAAUACAAGUCUUUAAACUUCACAAAGAACCCUCACAAGUACAUCAAGUAUGAGGUUGCAGGAGUGGAGAACCUCAUCGAUAAAUUCUUUGAUGCAUCUGCAUAGAUAUCCAGUUCUGUUGGCAGAUAGUGUGGUCAUUUGGUUUACUGCUGGAUGAGCGGGCAAUAAUUGUGAAUGUGCCGUGUGUUUCACAGUAUGACAUAUGCUCUGAUGUGUUGUUGUUGUUGCUACCAGAGCGUUGUUACUGGAAGUAGUGAACAUUAGUCCAAACACAGCUGCUGGUGAGUCAGGAAGCCCAACUUGAAGGUGAUGUUGGAAGUCUUCCCACUGUCAAGUAAUAUAAAUAUUAUUCCAAUACAUUUGGAACCUGUCUUAAGGUAAAAUGUAUGAACAGGUGUUUGAAAGUAAUCUUUCAGAAAGAAAAGGUUGGCAGCAGUAACUUGUUUUAGACCGUUUGGGUUGUUGAAAUCAUCUGUUUUUGAUAGCCAUUGAUGAACUAGGAGUUGUGUACUUGAGCUGUGUCUGCAGGACGUUGCUGCCCCUCCCUCACACCUCAGAUUGUAACGUUGAGUGAGGUUGCGUCAUGAACUGUGCAAUAUUCUAUACUGACAUAUAGACAUUUAAAACAUGGUUAAUGCUUGUAAACUAUGUUGUGUUUUCACAUGCUAAUUGUUGUGUUUGAUAUUUUGUACAGAUUCACAUGUAGAUUACUUAUUAUGUACACUGUGCAAUCAUCAUAUCAUUGCAUUCCAUCUUGUGGGUAUGCUGGCAUGUUAUUUCUUGAUAAAUGAUAUUUGAUUUCCAGAUGUUAAGUGAGUGAGUGAGUAUGGUUUCUUGCUAAGGGAACACCAGAAAUGGGCUUCAUACAUUGUACCAAUGGAUCUUCAGUGUGAUGAGCGAACACUUUAACCACUAUGCUACCCCACCGCCCAUCCAGAAGUUAAUAUGAAGGCUAGGUAGAGAACUGAACAGUCACCAGAAGUUAAUGUCCAGGACUAGAUUCUUCAGAAUUUUUUCUAAAACAUCUUUGUGGAAGUAUAAAGCACCAGAUUAUGAUUAUAUUGAGGCAUUUUUGCAUCAAUAUUUGCUGUGCUUGCUGCUUGUAGAUGAGGUUGAGGUCAUCUUUUCAUCCAUUCUCUGUACUACACUGGUAUUUAUGUGUAGAUAUAUCUAAAUCAAUGGCCUGUCACUGUACUUAGUUAUACUAGUCAUAUAUAAAUGUAACCUUUCACUAUAUGAAUGAUGUACUGGGAAACGCAUUACUGAUGCAGCAUAAAGAAGGUACUUUGAGAUGCACUUGUGGACUCUGCAGGAAAAAAGGAAUAAAGUUCUUGUCCUCAUUG